CUUUUACUUUCUGGUCGUUUGCUCAUCCUGCAGCAUGUCUUUGCAAAACGAAACGCCAAAUGUACCUGAAAACGAGGAACAAAAAUUUGACAUUGACGUUCAAGCCAAAGAAUGGAUUGAACAACAAAUCGAGGAAGAAGUGAACCGUAUUCGCAAAGUCGGCUCAAGCGUACUGCCUCUCAAGAUUCUAAACUGCGGCAUUGUGCCGAACUUUGACCGAAGAAAAGCCAAGGCUGUGAACCGUGUCGAAUUGGAUACCAACAUUGAUGUCAACAAGAUCCAACAGGUCAUGGUUUCACCACCGGUGUCGUAUCCGCACAAAGCCCAUUUUAGCUAUGUCAAUCUGAUUCUCGUCACCGGUCAACCGAUUCCCUUUAUUGCACCCUAUCUGUAUCAAAACAAUCUGAAAGUCACUCAGCCUGAAAGCGAAGAAGAUGGACGAAAGUAUCCCAGCAAACUAGUGACUCUGAAGAACGAUCUCCGAGAAUUUCUGUUCAUCAACAAAAGAGGGAUCCGUGCAAGAAUUACCAUCCACGAAUAUUUUGAUGGACUUUUACAACGUCAAUUCAAUGCUUCACCCUUUGCAACCCAUCGCAGUGAUCGUCGUCCAUCAAAGUUGGCCAUUUUUGACUUUGACUCGACCUUGUUCUUAUCGCCUUUGCUCAGUCCUUCGCUUUGGGACUCCAGCCUUUUGAACGCAUUAACUACCGAGAAUCAGUUUGGACCCGGCUGGUGGAGAGAUAUACGUAGUUUGGAGUUGGGACCCGUGGACGAUCUGGAGAAGAAUGGCUGGAAGGGGUACUGGAAUGAGGAUAUUGUCGCUCAAGCUCGGCAAGCGAUAAGUGAUGAGGAUACAAUGGCCAUUGUGCUCACGGGUCGUCGCUACCAUCCUUUUCAUCGUGUUGUGCCGGCCAUGUUGUCUUCCAAGUCGCUUCACUUUGAUUUGAUCGGAUUAAGACCUGAUCCCGAAACGGAGGCGGAAACGGUGUGGAUGGGCAAAGGCGGCAACGUCAUUUACAAUCCUCAGUCGGUGUUUGCGUCGACCAUGGAUUUCAAGACGUCUUUUAUUGUCAACUUGUUGGAUAAUGUGCCUUCCUUACGCUCUGUUACCAUGUGGGAUGAUCGCCGUCACCACGUCGACAAAUUUCGUUACUACCUUGAUCACCUUUGCAAAAAAUCGCUGAUUGAAAAAGGCGAAGUGAUCUACGUCCCUGCCCUUCGUCCAAAGUAUAAUCCCGCCUGGGAACGGAAGGUAGUCAAUCAUAUUUUGGAAACUCACAACUUGGCAUUGCAUGAACAUCGUCAAGGCAAAACCAAUGGAACAAAAUGGCCACCGCUGAUAUGGGAAAAGGACGACGCGACGGUAUCAGAGAGCAAAGGUCGCUUGAGCGGACGUCCUGGCGAUUUUACCCUCGUGCCUGUGCGAACGGCCACCAUUGUGCAGCUUGGAAAAGAAGAUGCGGCACGACUUCAUCAACUGUAUGAACCACGUUACAAGGACAGUCUUAAUAAGACCGAAGUGGCGCUGUGGUUAUCGGAAGGCGCGGAAUCACCAGAAUUAUUUGGGGAUCGAGUGAUUCUUCACAGGAAAGCACUUCCCAAAGACGAUGUUCCGUUUGGCGGUAUUGGUACUGUGGUCGAUGUGAAAGUCAUUGCUAUUUCCAAACCUUCGCGACAACAUGGAAUGACACUCAAGGUGAUGAUGAAGCCGCAAGACAAAACCCAAUACAGUAGCGAAGAGUACCUAUUACCGAUGUGGUACAAACCUUCUGAACACGGUAUGGUAUCCAAGGCUAGUUAUCAGUGGACCUAUUUCGAUGCAUCCGAGCAGGAACUUGUUAAAGGCACCAUCGAUUAUAUGUACAGUCUCGGCGUGGAAGCCUUGCGAAAAUCGGACAACAAGAGAAAAAGGGAAAAUGAAUCAGAACAAGAUGUCCAGGACACCAAAGUCGCAAAAAUCAUAAAAGAAACAUAGACUAUAGAAUUUGCAUACCCUCAUUUUUUUAUUGCCUUUAUCAUUUUUAUUAUACAAACAUUCAAAAGUUUCACAUCAUAAUGGCGGGCGAUAUGCUCUUAUCCUUCUUUGGUGAGAGAUACGCUGAAUUACAUAUAGAUCCAACUAAUGUGAUGUAUACCGUUAAGGUGUGCAGGAAUUCACUAGGUGCCCUUG